AAUUUUGGCUCUGGGCCUACUCACUGACAUGACUAACAGAAGUGAUUUGCAUAUUUGUCAAUCAAUAGAUCUGUGCUUGCCUGCUGCUUUGCCUGUUCCAAGACAACUUCCUGGGUCUCUUGAACGUCAGGCUAGCAGGAUUUUUUUGUAGCACUCCGAAGGUGAUCACUAUGAAGCACCUUGUAAUUUUGUUGACUCUGUUUGCCUGCAUUGGAACAAUCCAGGCCCUAAAAUGUUACGCUUGCAACUACACCAAUGCUGUUCCCACUUACAAUAGCUUCUGCGAUGUGAACUUUAAUAAGAACGGGUUCGGUGCUGCGGCAUCCAUCGUGGAGUGUGAUGGCGUGUGUGUCAAAGCGAGCGGUGGAAUUGGUGGCCUGGUUGGAGUAGAGCGGAAAUGUGACACUUCAGAGAAUCCGGAUUGCCCCAAUGCUUGUGGGUCAGUGGAGGGCACCACCAUUGGUGGUUGUAGGCACUGCUGCAAAGAAGACCUCUGCAACGGGGCCACCUUGGUGACCUUUAACCUUCUGACCCCGGUUGCCAUGUUGGUUUCUGCCUGGUUGGGCUAUUAAGCCGGGGUACAGUCCACUAAUUCAAGCCCCUUUGAAACCAGUGUAAAAUCAGCCUAGCACUGUUCAUGGCCUAAUAACAUGCACGCCAACAUCCCUGAGAUCUCUGAAACACGUACAGAUCUUGUCUGGUCACUAAUCUUUCAAUUUCUUUUCAAUUUUUUGUGGGUUAACCAAUUACAUUUUUAAUUAUUCCCAC